AAUUUAAAUGGCUAAUGUUAAAAACAUAUAAAAUUAGAAAAUUUACAUUAAUCAGUUUUCAAUUAAAAUGAACUAAAUAUGGCCCCUAGCUGUUACGAUAAUAAUGCAAAAGUUUUAAACUAAAACAUUAAUUGUUAAAUUAAUAUUCAAAGAAAAACUUCUAUUACUCCUACAAAUAAAAUAAAAUCCUUUUUUUUUAAAUAAACUAUAAAUAAAAUUUUAAUCAUUCGGAAAUAAAUAUUUUUAAUUUUAGAAGAUCCUCAAAAUUCCUUAGUUGCAAAAAUAAUUUAAUUUUAUAUUUAGUUUUGUGUUUUAAUGAGUAUACUUUUAUUAAUCGCGGACUCUAUUUAUUAUAACUAAAAUGCUAAUAAUAGCUUGAAUUAUUAAAAUUCUGAAUAAUUUCCUCUUUACAGUUAUUUUUCUUAAUACAUGGAAUAUAUAAUUUUUUCAACUUUUAUUAUCGAGUUUUUUAUAAGAGUUUGUGUCUGUACGAGUUUUGGUGAUUCUUUAUAUGUAUAUAUAAAAUAACCUUAUAAUAUAAUCGAUUUACUUUCAUUAAUACCUAUAUUUUUAGAUUUAAUACUGGAGUUUUCUUGGAGUUCAGCAAAAUAUUCUACAAGUAUAUUAAGGGCGAUAAAAACAAUAAGACUUUUUCGAAUUAUACGAAUUUUUAAGUUUUCGAGGUAUAUGAAAGGUUUAAAAACUCUAUAAAAAAGUUUGAAAAUUUCUGGAAGAUUUUUUAAAUUUAUAUGCUUCAUAUUAUUUAUUUAUAACCUUUUUUUCGGAACUCUUGUUUAUUAUUUAGAGAUCAAUUCUUCUUCUUUUAACUAAGAUAAUCCUAAUUAAAUUAAAAAUAUUCAUGAGUCUAUGUGGUUAGUACUUGUAACUAUGACAACUGUUGGAUAUGGAGAUUUUAUUCCUUAAAGUAUUUAAGCUAAAAUAUUGAUUUCUUUUAUUUCUUUAAUUUCAAAUUCUCUUGUUUUGGGGUAUAUUUUUAGUUAAAAUUAUGAAUAUUAAAAAAUUAAAAAGAAUUCCAAUAGCCAUCGUAAGUCAUGAUUUUUAAUAAGUGUAUAUUAAACAAAAAGAAUUGAAGUAAUUUAAUUAAUAAUACAAAAGUGAAAUAAAUAAAGGGGAUUAAAUAAAA